AUGACAGGGAAUAAGAAUAAGAAUAAGAAUAAGAAGAGGAGCAGAGCGGCGGAGCGACCCACGACCCACCCGAGAAACAAAUACUCCGACAACCCGCCCGACUUCGCCGAGCUCGCUUCUCUCUACCCUUCUUUCAAACCCUUCGUUUCCUUCGGCCGCAAUGGCCGACCCAGAAUUGACUGGACCGACUUCAACGCCACCCGUGAACUCACCCGGGUCCUCCUCCUCCACGACCACCGCCUUAACUGGUGGAUCCCGGAUGGUCAGCUAUGCCCUACAGUGCCCAAUAGAUCGAACUACAUUCAUUGGAUUGAGGAUCUUCUGUCGUCUGACGUUGUCGCGAAAACUACGAGAAAUGGUGAUAGAGUGAGGGGGUUUGAUAUAGGAACUGGGGCAAACUGCAUAUAUCCACUUCUUGGUGCAUCUCUUCUCGGCUGGAGCUUUGUUGGGACAGAUAUGACGGAUGUAGCGCUGGAGUGGGCGGAAAAGAAUGUUAGAGAUAAUCCUCAUCUCUCGGAACUCAUUGAAAUUAGAAAGGUUGAACAUGGUGAAAACACCUUUCCAGCAGAAGGAUCAAAUAAUGAUGUAUUGUUCAGUAGCAAAAGCGAAAUAGAUCUGACUGAGGAGGAUAUGGCAAAGGAAGGGAACACACAUCUGAAUACGGGAUAUGAUGGGCCACCUAUACUUCUUGGAGUGGUCAGGGAUGGUGAGGAGUUUGACUUCUGCAUGUGUAACCCUCCAUUUUUUGAGACAAUGGAAGAAGCAGGACUCAAUCCAAAAACUUCAUGCGGUGGCACCCCAGCUGAGAUGAUUUGUCCUGGUGGGGAAAAGGCUUUUAUCACUCGCAUUAUAGAAGAUAGCGUAACAUUGAAGCAUACUUUCCGGUGGUACACAUCAAUGCUAGGGAGGAAAUCAAAUCUCAAACUGCUAACAUCAAAGCUUUGGGAAGUUGGAGCCACCGUAGUAAAGACAACUGAAUUUGUCCAGGGCCAAACAUGUCGAUGGGGGUUGGCCUGGUCCUUUUUGCCUCCUGUUAAGAAGAUGUUAUCAUCUCAUGUGAUUGAAAAGAGUAACCUUUCUUUCAUGCUUGAGGGCCUUGAACGAAAACUGGGUGCCAUACAUGUCUUGCAGUCAGUUGAAGCCUAUUUCCACGACGGUGGUGCAUUGUGUAAAUUGAACACAUCCUCAUUUACAGUUGAUAUCACAGCAAACAAAUCAGAUGCAAAUUUCAAAAGCGAGUCACAAAGUUUCGGUAGACUUGCAAGUUCGGAUGAUGUGCAUGAGGCAUCUGGAUCAAGCUGUUUGAACUUGCUUUCAAAUAACCUAAGUUUCCGUAUUUCGGUCUUUCAGCAAACCCCUGGCACACUUCUGGUGAAAGGCUCACUGCAGCAGAGAGAUGGUCAACUUUCAGGAGCUUUCUCAACAAUAUUUCACAGGUUGGAGGAAGUUCUGAAACAUAAAUUUUGUAGAGAGAAGUAGUCGUAGUACAACUCUUCGAGGUGCAUACUGAAGUGGAAUUUCCGUGUUGCAAAGAUCAUCCUCAUGUGUGGAGUGAAGUUGGGGGUUAAUACUUUUCCGUCCAAUUUAUUUUCCUCUUUCUGCUGUAUCCUAUACCUUCGCAAGGACGGUGUGCUUAUAUGUGAUUGCUUCUAUUUUGUCUGUCCUGAAAGGUAUCGAGUUUGUAACUCUAUGCUAUGAAAUAUUUGAUAGGGUUGAUUCGUAUUAUGAUUUGAACCUUAAGUUUAGCAUCACUAAUUCAUCUCCACCCCCAUUCUUUUGAGUAGAGAAAUCAUAUACGAUGUAACGGUGAUGAGAAAUCAUAUAUCAAUAAUACC